GUGCUGCUAAAAGUGGAUUUUCCUCCAACAAUCUAGCUAGGUGACCGUCAGAGCAUUACGUCACACGUUGGACGUCCCCCUUGUCACAUUUGUUGUUCUGCUGUAUGUUGACCGACUUCGCUUCAUUUUUUGCAAACUUUGUGCGCGUCCAUGUAAGUUCAGCAUAAACGGGAUUCGAUAUAGUUCCUACAAAUGCGCGCGCUUGCAGCCUCUUAAGAAUCUCCUUCUUUUUUUGGCUCAAGACAGGAAGGGGAAUAAGCUGCAGCAGCGAUGUAUGGACGUGUGUGCUCCAGGAUUCUUCAGAGAGCUUCUAGCUACAGGCUGACAGUUCAUCCCACAGUCCCUGUUCAGGCAGCCCACAAUUGUCCCUUUUCAUCCUGGAGGCCGUCUGGAUUAGACCAAAGGUUCCACGCUGGUGAGGAAUCUGGAAUCUGGACUCGAAGUUGCUGUCGUUUCUCAACACACCAGGAUUUAGACUUCCAGCAGAGCCAAGUGCAGAUCAAUAGCCUUCUGAGAACCAACGAACAGACUGUGAAUGUGCCAGAGUUUGAUGGGAGGGCACUCAGCGCUGUGAGAAAGUUUGACAGCAACCAGUUACCUGCAAACACUCCUAAUGAGGACCGUCGCAGCGCAGCGACCUGCUUACAGUCGAAGGGCAUGCUGUUCGGAGUGUUUGAUGGCCACGGGGGCUGGGCAUGUGCCCAGGCUGUCAGCGAGCGGCUGCUGUACUAUGUGGCAGUGGCAAUGAUGCCAAAGCAAACCCUGGAAGAGCUUGAGAAGUGCAUGGAGCAUGGCAGACCUGUUCCACCCAUCUUACAGUGGUAUAAGCACCAUGCGGAUUUUAACUAUCGCGAAUCCGCCUCCCUGUAUAUAAACCACCUUAGGGUCUUCUGGCAGGAGUUACUGGACAACGAGGACCACGAUGAAGGCAUGAGUCCUCAGGACGCUCUGGAUUGCGCUUUCAGACGUCUUGAUGCUGACAUCUCUCUGGAGGCUCAAGUCCCACUUUCCAGUGACCUGAUGAAAAGUACGGCUAUCCAGGUGGCGUUUGCUGGGUGCACCGCCUGUGUGGCUCACAUCGGCACGGACGGGAUCCACGUGGCAAACGCAGGAGACUGCCGCGCAGUCUUAGGGGUGCAAAACGAUGACGGCUCAUGGAGCGCUGUGCCUCUUUCCAAAGACCACAAUUCACAGAACCACGCCGAGCUGGAACGGAUCAGAGCUCAGCACCCACCUUCGGAGAGAGAUACGGUGGUCGCAGAUGACAGACUGCUGGGGGUUCUCAUGCCCCUGCGUGCCUUCGGUGAUGUGAGAUUCAAGUGGAGCCUUGAGCUGCAGCAGAGCAUUUUAGCCGGCCUUGAAUCUGGCGUGGACCUCGACUCUCUGAACUUGUAUCAGUACACUCCGCCGAACUAUUUAACACCGCCGUACCUGGAAGUGACGCCCGAGAUAACCUACCACAAGCUGAGACCUCAGGACCGCUUCCUGAUCCUCGGCACCGACGGGCUGUGGGACGAAUUCGCAAGUGAGGAGGCAGUGCGACUGGUUGGAGAGCACCUGAGCGGGAUUCACCUACAGGCUCCAGUCUCUCCGUUGGAGCGGAAGCUGAAGCUGGGUCAGAUGCAUGAACUCCUGCUGAAGCGGCGAGCUCGUGCCUCUCCAGCGCUGGACACCAACGCCGCCACUCAUCUCAUCAGACACGCUCUGGGAACCGGGGAGUAUGGGGAGCUGUCCCAAGAGAGGCUGGCCUCAAUGCUCGCCUUGCCAGAGGACCUGGCCAGAAUGUACAGGGACGAUAUCACGGCAACUGUGGUGUAUUUGAACUACGACCUGGCUAAGCUCCCCCACAGUUAGCCGACGGAGAGAAACCGCCACCGAGCUGCCCUCGGUUACGUUCAGUUAGUAUUUCGUCACGGCCGGUGUCCUGGCCAAAAAGGUACCUGUUACGUUAACGGUUUUAUAGACGGAGCAAAGUGAAAAGAUAAUUUUCAUUGUUAUAUUAUGAACAUGUAACGUUUUACAUGAAUCAUUGUUAAUUACCCGUAAUCCAGACUGAUGAAUGGUUAAUUUUUCAGACAUAAAAUCCCAGUGAUGUUGGAGAAGAAAGGUUUCAUCAUGUCGGAAACGGAGCGCAGCGGUACAGAAUGAUGCACUUUUACCUUUGUCAGUAUUCCUGUCUGUCUUGCACAGACAAUCCUUUGCCUUUUUUUUCCCUGUUCACUUUAUAUUUAUGUCAGCUAAGCUGUUUACCUUAAAAUUUCUAUACAGAUUAUCCUGUUGAUUGAA